CGUAAAUUAACGUCAACACAGCGCUGAUUGGGUGACUCCUUUCUCCUGCGCGUGUAGAAACCUUGCUAGUUGGAACCUCAUGUCAUGAAAUACAGGUUAUAUUAUUAUUUACAAAUUGUAUUACUCAAAUUGCUCUAUGUCAAAUAAAUGAUUUUUACAAAUUUUAUACAACAUGGGAGAUUUUAUUGCAUCCAACAAUGUAUGUGGACAAAAUCUACUUCGUUUGGUUUCUAGAGGAAAUGCAGUUAUUGCAGAAUUAAUGCGUUUGAAGGAUUAUAUUCCUCCAGUUUAUAGAUUGGAUUCGAAAAGUUAUAUUCAAAAGUACAGUCUGAUACUAAUUGAUUUUGCGUACUUCAAAACAACAAAUGCUUGUGAAGAAAGGAUUGAAAAUGAUUCUAAUUUACAAUCUUUGGACGAAGAGUUACGAAAUAGUUAUUCUCAAAUUCUCUUGAGAUUUUAUUUAGCUUUUGAAAGCAUUCAUAAAUAUAUUACGGAAUUAAAUGCUUAUGUUGACGAACUAGAGGAAGGAGUCUAUAUUCAACAGUCUGUAGAAUCCAUAAUGUUAAAUGAAGAAGGAAAACAAUUGAUGUGUGAAUCAAUUUACUUGUAUGGAAUUAUGUUACUCUUAGUCGACUUUUAUUUCGAAGGACCUAUAAGGGAAAGGUUACUUGUAUCUUAUUAUCGUUAUAACGCCCACAGUUCAUCAUCCACACGAGUCGAUGAUGUUUGUAUGCUUUUGAGAUCAACUGGAUUUAUAAAAUUAUAUGGAAAGAGAGCACCAAACUAUCCGGAAUCAUUUUUUCAGAGAGUGUCGAUAAAUUCUUCCUUCAUUGAUCUUGUUAUUGCGCGUUUGAGGUCCGAUGAACUUUACAGUCAAAGUGUUGCAUUUCCCCAUCCGGAACACCGAAGUGUGGCAUUAGCUAAUCAGGCAUCAAUGUUGGUCGUGAUAUUAGCAUUUAAACCAUCAAUAUUACACAAUCAGCCUGCAAUUAUGAGAGAAAUCGUAGACAGAUUUUUUCCAGAUACGUGGGCUAUCAGUGUUUAUAUGGGAAUCGUAAUAGAUCUUUGGGACUGGUGGGCUCCUUACAAAGCUGCUCGUUCUGCUUUAAAUAACACGCUAGAGAUCAAUAACGUUAAGAUUAUCUCUCAGAAGCAUGGCCAAGCCAUGGAGAAACAAAUUUUAAAAACUGAAGAAGUGAAAACGAAAGUUACUUUAGAUGAAAGUACAUUAGGAUCAGUAAUAAAAUUAAUUCGAGAUUGUAAUGUAACUUUGCAUUGGAUUUUAUUGCAUACAGCGCUACCCACAUAUCUUCUGGGUGACUUAAAGAAGUCUCGAAGUCUUCGUCAAAUGGUAAUUCAAGAAAGCAACUACACCAUCAAUAAUGGUUUGCGACUCCUUUUAAGUUCAGCACAAAUAGAACAUGAAGUCAAGCAACUUUAUAAAACGUUGUUGAUUGACAAAGAAGCAAAAUGGUUAAAGAACAAAGAAACUGCUGUUGAACGAAUAAGAGGACUUGCUGAAAUAUUUGGAGGACAAAAAUUAUUUGAUGGUAUUGACAUGAAUCAUUGUUUAGAGGCAUGGUUCAAAGAAAUCAGUAAGCAUGUUGCUACUUUACAAGAAGAGGAUGGAAGAAAAAUACCUCAUUUGUUGCAAGCUUUAGAAGAAGUUCAAGAAUUUCAUCAGUUGGAAAAUAACUUGCACAUAUCCCAGCAUUUAAAUGACACAAGAGAUAUUUUACAUAAUAUGUUACAUACUAGUAACGUUACAGAAGACACAUUGAUAACAUUAAAUAUUGUAACAGAUUGCUGUUAUGCUUGGAAUAUUAUGGAAUCGUUUAUACCAAUUAUGCAAGAAAACAUUAAGGCGAAUCCACUGACUGUCAUUAAACUCAAAGCUCUUUUUUUGAAAAUGGCAUCAGCUUUAGAGACUCCGCUUCUUAGAGUAAAUCAAGCUCGUAGCACAGAUUUAUCUUCAGUUUCCCAGUAUUAUAGCAGGGAAUUGGAAAGUUUUGCUCGUCAAGUUUUGCAAAUUAUUCCUGAAACAGUUUUUGGUAUUUUGGCUCAAAUUGUACAUCUAGAGACAAAUUUCUUCACGGACAUUCCAACAAAAUUGUAUAAGGAUAAAAUCAAAGAUUAUGGACAAUUGAAUGAAAGACUGAAGAUGGCUGAGUUGACGUAUGCUAUAUCAGUAUUUACAAAAGGAAUGUUGUCUUUGAGAAGCGUUUCAUUAGGUGUUUUAAGAGUAGAUUCUCAUCAUCUUUUAGAAGAUGGUAUUCGACAGGAAUUGGCGAAAAAAGUUACUUUAGCUUUGCGCAAGAGUUUAGUUUUCGAUUUAAAAUCAAAGAAUCCACUGAUGGAUAAAUUACAAAAAUUGGCAAAUGUAAUGGACGGAUAUAGGAAAUCUUUUCAGUAUAUUCAAGAUUAUAUAAAUAUUAAUAGUUUAAAAGUUUGGCAUGAAGAGGUAACUUAUAUUAUAGACAAUGCAGUGGAAGAAGAAUGCAGAGGUAGCACCUGGACUCCAGGGAAAGUGUGGACAUAUUAUCAGGAUGAAAAAAUUAGUAGUCAUACACUUCAAAGUGAUUCUAAUUCUGUAACAUUUAUGGGACGAUUAGCACAUGAAUUAAUACGUAUUACUGAUCCCAAGACAACAGUUUAUAUUGAACAUACUUUAGCGUGGUAUGAUCUGAGAAACCAGACUGAGAUUAUUGAUCAUAAAGUAUUUUCUAUGAUAUUAAAAGCCAUGGGUACUCCAGGCUUGUCUAGAUUAGAUAAAAUGAUUUCAUUUUAUGUAGCUGUUGAAUUGGAAAAUUUAGUACAAUAUGUUAAUCAAGGCGUUAAAAAUAAGACGUGGAAAACAAUGCUGAAGGAAUGUGAAGUUAUUUCUAAAAAUUUAGAUUCAAAAAAUUAUCCAGGGAGAUUAUAUUCAUCUGUUAACACAUAUGUUAGUAAAAUCUGGUCUCCAUUAUUAGAUUCAGUGUUAAAAAUUGGUAAUAUGCAAUUAUUAAGACAUUUAAUUUCUUUUGCAUUAAACACUGAGUGUAAGUUUGAAGCAAAACAUAUGGAAGGUGCUCUAAAGACUUUAAAUGAAGCAAUUCUUGGAGAAAUUCAAAGAAAGAAUACUGAAGCUAAAUCAGAUUAUGUUAGCAAACAAAAGCGUGAUCUUUUAUUGGAACUUAGUGUGAGAUUGGAGUGGGCUGGAAUUACUGAUUCUAUGAAAAAAUGUUAUAUUGAACCUCCAAGCAUUAAUAAUAUGUCUUUUAUUAUGUUCUUGUUAACAGUGAUUCAAAUUCAUAAAUUAUACUUCUGUAAAAACACAGCAAGUCUCUUAAGUAAAAAGGUACAAGACCCAGUGGACUCUGUAAUUUUAUCAAUUGGCGUACAAACAGUUUUACAGCAGUUUGAGGAAUCUCAAUUAAUGAAUUACGUUAGUUACGUCUGUGAUUACAUUGUGUCAUUUACAACUCUAGACAGCUCCAAGUUGACUAGCGAAUGGGAAAUGGAAGGUGUUGUUGGAUUACAUUAUUUGGAGUUAUUUUCCAACUAUGCACACAUUUCAAAAUCCAUUAUUUUAAAUAUUAUGCCUUUUAUAGUUUUGGAGCAACAACAUGCAAGAAUAAUUAAAUAAUAAUACAUGGCAUAUCUAAGUGUUGUUUCUGUUUACCACAUAAAAUUUAAACCUACUUAUUUUAAUUAUUAUCAAAAUGUAUAUUUAUUUAAUUUUUAAUUCAAUAAAUUUUAUUUAAAUUUA